AGUGAAUUAAUAUAAAUUAAUCGCAACUGAAUUAAUUACGUGUUCUGUGUGUUUCUAAUAAUAAAGUUUUCGUAGUUUAUUUAAGCGGUCAGUGUGGAGUUUCAUCUUUAAUUCUGUUUCUUCGUUUUUAUUUAAUUAAUUGCGUCGAAUUAAAGCGGAUUAAACAAUUGGAACAAGUGACAGAGGAUAAACGUGUUUUGUUUUUUGAAGAAAGAAUCGUCUGCGAGAGCGGUUUUGAUCUCUCGUGUAUAGAGACCGGCCAUAUUGCAUACCAGUCGGAGUGAAACAGAAACAUAUGCGUUGGACGGCGCGGAGCGAGACGGCGAACAUCUCCAGAGGCUGGACGAGUUCCUGGACGGGGCGAAGGGGCUCAGGAAUGUUAGAGCACCGUCUCUAAUACACGUGUCGCUGCCCCAAAAAGCAACAACAAAAGGAAGCAACAAAGAAGCCAAAUGCACAAAAUGCUAUUGGAUCUGAGCUCAUAAUGGUAGUGGAUUUAAUAAAUUGAAUUGAAUAUAAUGUGGGGUUCAUUGUCAUGGCUCCUAGCCAUGGGAACGCUUCUGCUCGCCGGAGCUCAAGGACCGGGCCGCAAAAGAUCAACAACUGAGUUACCUUACCCGAACCAACUGUAUCCAUCGUCGCCGACGUAUCGCGAAGUCGACACCAGGGUUAGAUUAGAAAUUUUGGAAGGACAACCGAAAGGUAUCUCGGUGGGUCGAAUACCGACUAAACAAGGAUUUACAUAUCGAUUUAAUGAACCGCCGAAGGAAUUCAGCCUCGAUCCGAUCACCGGUGAAAUAAAGAGCAACGUAAUUAUCGAUCGGGAGCUUUUGAAAAAUGAUCGCUUCGAUUUAGUCGUUUUAUCAAGUAAACCAACGUAUCCCAUCGAAGUGAAAAUCUACGUUAUCGAUAUCAAUGAUAAUGCACCAGAAUUUCCAGAACCGGUGAUUGCGGUGGAAUUUUCGGAGAGCGCUGCCCCCGGGACCAGACUCCUGCUGGACGCCGCCACCGACAGUGAUGUCGGAGAUAAUGGAGUGUCCGACAACUACCAAAUCAUAGCCGGAAACAAAGAGGAAAAAUUCAGGCUCGUCGUCACCGAAUCCGGUGAAACAUCGUAUUUACACCUGGAGACUACCGGAAAUUUAGACCGGGAAACACAAGGAUUUUACGUGCUCAAUAUCUCCGCACAGGACGGCGGAGUUCCAACCAGAUAUGGAUAUUUACAAGUAAAUGUGACUAUUUUGGAUGUAAACGAUAACCCUCCAAUAUUCGAUCACAGUGAGUACAUCGUAUCGCUGAACGAGAGCGUACUUCCAGGCACUCCGGUUCUCCGGGUGAUGGCCACCGACAACGACCUGGGUGAUAAUUCAAAGAUUACGUAUUAUUUGGAUGAAACCGAGAGGCAAUUUACUGUAGACCCAGAAACGGGUGUUAUUUCGACUACGGAAAUUCUGGACUGUCCUCAACAGAACAGUCAAUCUGGAAACGGUACAAAAAGUUGUGUUUUCACAGUGUGCGUUCGUGAUCACGGCACGCCAAGGCAAAAAGGAAGGACUUAUGUGACAGUGAACCUGGUGGAUGCGAAUGAUCAUGACCCUCAAAUUGAAUUUAAGUAUUUUUCCCCAACGGCGGAAUUCGCUACUGUCGAUGAAAACGCAGGAAACGGUACUCCAGUGGCUGCAAUAUCGGUGUACGACCAGGAUCAAGGAGAAAAUAGCGAAACCAACGUGAAAAUAGUCGCAGGGAAUGAACUGAACCAUUUCAAGCUAGAGUAUCAGAGCAACAUUGUUCAGAUCGUAAGGGUCAACGGAGUUCUCGACAGAGAAGAGAUCGGAAAAUAUAACCUGACCGUCGUGGCUACAGAUAAAGGCAAUCCCCCUAGAACAGCCACCGCUUUCCUUAUAAUUCACGUGAAUGAUGUUAAUGAUCACGAACCUGUUUUUGAAAAAAGCGAGUAUUCCACUGUCCUAAGUGAAUUAGCUCCACCUGGAACAUAUGCCGCUGGCAUCACGGCGACCGACGAAGACUCUGGAGUCAACUCACAAAUUUAUUAUGCCUUUGUUUCUGGAAACGAAAAUCAAUGGUUUGAAAUUAAUUCAGAAUCGGGUUUAAUAACAACGAGGGCCGCGCUCGACCGAGAAAUUCAAGGCACAGUCGAACUGAAUAUAUCCGCAAGGGACGGCGGUCCAAAUCCGAAAUGGGCCUACACCCAGCUGAAAGUCACUAUUCUGGACGAAAACGACGAAGCCCCGUAUUUUUCUCAGGCGCAAAUUAAUGUUAGCUUAUCUGAGGAUAAAAUGCCUCCAACGUUCGUGGCCAUGUUAACGGCAGCUGAUCACGAUCAAGGCACAAACGGCAGCGUCACUUACUCUCUGCACCAUUCCGUCGAACAGAAAUACCCGAACGCCUUCUCUCUCGAUUCCCUCACCGGCCAAUUAACGACCAAAAUGAACUUGGACAGGGAGAGAAUCGCCAAGUACGAGAUCCACGUGGUCGCCAAGGACCAGGGCAUCCCAUCGCAAUCUUCAACUGCCACGGUUUACUUGAAUAUAUUGGACAUCAAUGAUAAUAGCCCCGAGUUUUAUCCGCAGAAAUAUAUCGUGCCGGUGAAUGAGGACGUUAACACCGGGGCCGUGGUAAUAAAUGUCACUGCCAGUGAUUUGGAUGAAGGUGAAAAUGCGAUAGUCACGUAUAAAUUGGAAAGUGGUGGUGAAAAUUUGUUUGCUGUGGAUAAGUGGAGUGGAGCUGUGAGCGUGAUCGGACGAUUGAGGAAUUCGCCUAAGCACUUUUACCGGUUAAAAAUCUCCGCCAAGGAUCACGGUGGAAAACGAACCGCCGAGGAUGCCGUCAUUGAGAUAAUUAAGGAAUCGCAUAUGGAGAUGUUGCAGUUUGAAAACUAUGGUGGUUACGAAUUUGAAAUCGUCGAGGAUUACAAUGGAAAGCCAUCGAAACCGGGUAGGGAAGUAGGAAAAGUGCGUGUGAGAAAUAGUGAAUCCGUUAUGUAUUACAUCAUUUUUGGAGAUCCACAUAGAAAGUUUCAAAUCGACGAAUAUUCUGGGAAAAUAACGACCGCAAAAACGAUAGAUCGUGAGCAGAGUAUAUUGUAUACAUUGACAAUAGUCGCAAGGUCCGAUAGGGCAUAUGGUAAGACACAGGUCGUAGUAAGCAUCUUGGAUUUGAACGAUAAUGGGCCGAUAUUUUUACGGGAGAAAGAGGAUGUGAAGUUGGCAGAGAAUGCGGCCGUGGGGCAAGAGGUUUAUCUAGCGAGGGCUCGGGACCUGGACGCUGGUAUAAAUAGUCGGGUAACGUAUAAUUUAAGCUAUAACCCUGAAGAUCAGUUUAAAAUCUCCGAGGCUACCGGCGUUAUAUAUUUAAAUCGACCCAUUUCAGCCGAACCCGGCACUGUUUUACAUAUCGAAGUAACAGCCGCGGAUGGCGGAGAGCCCCAAUUAUCUUCCAAGCAUUCCCUUACUGUUACCAUAGAGGAUGUUAAUGAUCACACGCCGAUGUUCGAUCAUACAUCGUACGAAACAUCUCUGCUGGAAUCCACCCCAGUCAACGAUCGCUUUUUCGCCCUGUCUGCAACUGACACCGAUUUAGGAAUGAACGGUUUCAUAACAUAUUCUAUAACUGAAGGAAAUACCGAAGCGAAAUUCGGAAUAUUUCCAGAUGGACGUCUGUACGUUCGCAGUCCACUCGAUAGAGAAGACAAAGAUUAUUAUUCUCUCACAGUAAUGGCGAGCGAUUUGGGAAAACCUCCUCGCUCAUCAAUCGUACCCGUCGUUAUUCAUGUGAUCGACGAAAACGAUAACAGCCCACAAUUCACAAACACUACCUUCACCUUCAACAUACCAGAAAACGAACCACCAGACAGUUUCGUUGGGAAACUAACAGCAACUGAUAAAGAUAUAGGCAGAAACGCCGAAUUGAUAUUUUCUUUAUCCAAUUCACAAGACAACUUCGUUAUCGAUCCCAAGAAUGGUUUCAUUAAAACUCGUCGUACUUUCGAUCGCGAGGAACUGAAGAGCACUACCGGCAAAAACUACAUCAUCUUGGAGGCAACAGUGACGGAUAACGGCAGCCCUCGUCUGAGAGACAAAGUUAAAGUGCAUGUUUAUAUAACUGACAUUAACGAUAAUCCACCAAAGUUCCUUCAGGCACCUUACAAAGUCCAAAUUCGCGAAGGAGCUGCCAUAGAUACCCAGGUUGUUCGCCUACACACAUCAGAUGCUGAUGAAAAUCUAAACGGCGACGUGUUUUAUUCUAUUGAGAGCGGAAACGAGGAAGGAAAAUUUGACAUUGACGAAGCCACGGGCCAAAUAAUACUGGUCCGGUCGUUGGAUCGCGAAACCAAGUCGAAGUACACAUUGUACGUGAUUGCACAUGAUGCAAGCACAGAGAACAGCUUAUCCUCUAGCACCACCGUACAAAUUGAUGUACUCGAUGAAAAUGACAAUGCGCCGGAAUUCGCAGAAAUGCAGACUAAAAUCUCGGUGCUGGAAACGGCUAUGGUGAAUACGAAAUUGAUACAAUUCAGAGCCAGUGACGCCGAUUCGGGGAUGAACAGUGAAAUCACAUUCUCGAUAACAGCUGGCAACAGGAAGGACACGUUCCACAUAAACCCAAUGACCGGAAGUCUUUAUUUACAUAAGAUGCUUGAUUUCGAAGAUGUGACUAUGUAUCAGUUGAAUAUAACUGCCUCCGAUAAAGGAACACCCCGUUUGUCCACCUCUAUACGGUUUCAAGUACAAGUUUUGGACGCCAACGAUAAUCCCCCAAAUUUCCCCAACACCGCUAUUGUAAGGCAAAUCCCUGAAGGGAUUCCAAUAGGAUCAGCCAUUGUUACAGUGACUGCGGAGGAUCCGGACUCUGGUAUGAAUGGUAAAGUCACCUACAGCAUUUCGCAUCAGGACCCUGAAGAUAAUGCCAGACAUUUCGAUAUCCAUUCGGCUACUGGAAUAAUCAUCACUAAGAGGGAGAUAGACAGAGAGAGGAUCGACACCUUCCGACUAACUGUUGUGGCGACCGACCAAGCGCAACCCAUCUCCAGCCGUUUGUCCGCCGAUAAAUUGGUUACGGUGAUAGUAGAAGAUAAAAAUGAUAACCCUCCAAUAUUUGUGUCGAUGAACUCGGCGGUUUUGCCCACGCACCAAGGAUUCGGUCGGGACGGUGCGCUGAUCAUGAAUGUGUUCGCAAGGGAUUUGGAUUCCAGCACCAACGGUUUGGUCACCUACGAGUUGAGCAGCGGUAACACAGAUCUCUUCAGGUUACACCGAAGCACAGGAGCUUUGACCCUCAGGAAGCCGCUAGCGAAUCCAGAAGCUCGCUACCAGCUUUCGAUCCGGGCGACGGACGAAGCAGUCCAGAGCGAACGCAAGUCCACGGACGCGUAUAUUACUAUAAUCUCUACGAAUCAGUACGGAAAAGGACCGAUAUUCCAAAGCGACUCCUUCGGCGGCAGCAUCUAUGAGGACGAACCUUCAGGCAGCAGCAUUCUUACGGUAUCAGCCAAACUCGGCGCCGCGGACAUCGAGUAUUACGUUACGAACGUCACCGGUGGCGGGGUGCAAGUUGACAGGUUAUUUGACAUUGAUACUAAGUUGGGUGUGUUGUCGACGACGGUGAGGUUGGACCGAGAGUUAGGCCUGGAUCUCUACGAAGUCGAGGUGUACGCCAUCGUAGUCGGCACUGGAACGCCGAAAACUUCAAAAACUAAGGUCCGAAUCACCGUGCUGGAUAAGAAUGAUAGCCCUCCGUCGUUCGCUGAUACUCCACUCGUCUAUUACGUGUCCGAAGACCUGGGUCAAGGACUCCCCGUUGCCACCAUCAGGGCUAAGGAUCCCGACACCAUUGGCACUCUCAGCUACUCGCUCGUAUCUGAGAAUGUCACCCAAUUCACGCUGGAUGCCGACUCCGGUCUUCUGACGCUUGCUGAUACCCUCGACAGGGAAACAGUCGACACCUACAAAUUGACAGUCAGAGCAAGCGAUGGCAUCCAAUACACCGACACUGUUAUCACUAUACAAGUGAACGACACGAAUGAUAAUCCACCUGUGUUCUUGGAGAACGCGUACUCGUUCGACAUUCCGGAAAAUGCGGCGCGUGGGUCGCAAAUUGGUCAAAUUCGUGCAAACGAUCCCGAUCUAGGAGUAAAUGCCCAAUUAACCUACACCGUUAUUAGCGAUUGGGCCAACGAUGUGUUCUCACUAAACCAGCAAACCGGCGUUUUUACGCUCGCCACGGAACGCCUCGAUUACGAAGAGAUGCAGCACUACAUCCUCGUGGUCCAGGCCCAGGACGCAGGACAUCCGGCAUUAUCUAGCACUCUGACAGUUUACUGCAACGUGCUGGAUUUAAACGACAACGCUCCCGUUUUCGAUCCAAUGUCAUACAGCAACGAGAUAUUCGAGAAUGUCUCCAUAUCGACGCCGGUCAUUACUGUCAGCGCUACCGAUCUUGAUUCAGGGAAUAAUGGGAGAGUCGAGUACGGCAUCACUUCGGGCGAUGAGAAUGAGGACUUCAGGAUCACCAGGAACGGUACAAUCAUCACCAACAGGAUGCUCGACAGAGAGACGAGGAGCGUUUAUAAUUUGGUGAUCACAGCUACGGACAUGGCGGCACCGCCAGAAAAGAGACUGUCCUCAACAGUACAAGCGACCAUCACUCUGAAAGACGUCAACGAUAUGUCCCCCGAGUUCAUCACCACCAACGUGACCAACGUCACCGAGAAUGUGCCGAUCAAUACCGUCGUCAUGGUUGUUAAGGCUGUGGACAAAGACGAAGGCUCCAACGGCGACGUCAACUAUUAUAUAAACAACGAGAUGGAGAUCCGGGAUGUCUUCUCCCUGGGUCCGGUAGACGGUGUCCUGAAAGUCGCUGGGAAGAUCGACAGGGAGCUGAAGAGCAGCUACAUCGUUUACAUCACCGCCAAAGAUCUGGGCGAUCCGCCGAGAUCCACGUCCUCGCAAGUUUACAUCAAGGUCUUCGACGACAACGAUAACAGUCCAGUUUUUGAUCCUAAGCAGUACAGCGCCUCGAUAGCUGAGAAUGCUUCGAUCGGAGCCAGCGUUCUUCAGGUGUCCGCAACUGACGUGGAUGAAGGGCUGAAUGGAAAGGUGCGUUACUCAAUUGUGGAUGGUGAUACGAAUCGCGAUUUUAGCAUUGCCGAAGACACGGGCACCAUCCGCGUCGCCAAGAAUCUCAACUACGAGCGCAAAUCGCGGUACCUACUGAAAGUGCGAGCCGAAGACUGUGCUGGUGAUAUAAACGGUGACAAAGUGAACUCGGACAUAGCGGAAGUAUCAAUCGCCGUAUCCGACAUCAACGAUAAUCCACCGACAUUCCUCGACUCCCCGUAUUUGGCUUACGUCAUGGAAAACGUCAUCCCACCAAAUGGAGGCUACGUGAUUACCGUUCAGGCCUACGAUGCCGAUACUCCACCCUUUAACUCCUUGGUCAGAUAUUUCAUCAAAGAAGGAGAUACAGAUAUAUUUAGGAUCAAUGCUUCAACUGGCGAGAUCUCUUUGCUCAGGGCCCUCGACAGGGAGCAACAAGCCGAGUACACACUUUCCUUGGUCGCCAUGGACACAGGAUCUCCACCGUUGACCGGGACCGGUACAGUGAAGAUAAUAGUGCAGGAUGUGAACGAUAACAGUCCAGAAUUCAAGCGUCAGUCUUAUAGGGCUACGAUAAAGGAGAAUAGUGCAAUCGGUUCGUGGGUGCUUUCACCCGUGGCGACCGACCGAGACGUCGGUCUGAAUGCUAAGUUGCGGUACAGCCUUCUCGGCGAGAAAGUGGAUAGAUUCAAAAUAAUCCAAGAUACAGGCGUCAUAACCACCAACACGUACUUGGACCGCGAGGAGUUGGAUGUGUAUCAUUUAACUUUAAUGGCCCAAGAUUGUUCGACGACCGAGCCGAGGGCAACAGCUGUUAAUUUAACAAUCACCGUGCUGGACGAGAACGAUAACUCGCCUGUAUUUUUGUCCGCGAAAUACGAAGUUUACAUUUCCGAUAAAACCAAGUCCGGGCAAUUCGUGUUCGGCGCAAAGGCGAUUGAUAACGACGUGGGCGCAAACAGCAAAAUUACGUAUCACCUAACAGGUGAACACGCUAACCUUUUUACCAUAAAUCCUGAAAGUGGAGUCAUUAAAGCCGUAACGGACCUCUAUAAAAAUGCACGAGAUGUGUUCGCUCUGCAAAUAGAAGCGAUAGACGGAGGAGCGGUCCGUAGAUCGGCGCAAACAGAAGUCAUCAUCCAUUUGAAAUCGGCCCACCUCUUUCCCACCUUCAGCUCGCCCAUCGACACCCAGUUCACGCUCAUGGAAAACGCGGAAGAGGGCAAACUUAUUACCAAAGUUAGAGCAACUUCGCCCAAGAAGGGAUCCACAGGUGCCAUCGAAUAUGCAAUCGCAGGGGGAAACUUGGGCGACGCCCUGAAAAUUGACAAAAUCAGUGGCGAAGUCCAAGUCGACGGGAAGGGCUUGGAUUAUGAAACUACCAACAAAUACGAAGUGUGGGUAGAGGCCAGAGAUUCCGAUAACCCUCCGCUCAGGAGUGUAAUUAAAUUAAUCAUUAACGUCACAGACGCAAACGAUAAUGCCCCGGUGCUAAGCAGUCCACUUUAUAAUGCCACAGUUCUCGAAGAGGAAACGCCAGCUCUGCUGGUAACCACUGUCUUGGCCACCGACAAAGAUUCCGGCAAGAAUGGCCAAGUAUUCUACAGACUUGUUGAUGAUUUCGAUUCCUUCGAGAUUGAUGAAGAGAACGGAGAGAUCUACACAACCAUUAAAUUGGACAGGGAAGAGAUAGCCACUUACGAGUUGACAGUAGAAGCUGUUGACCACGGUAGUCCCGAAUUAUCGGGUUCGGCCACUGUAGUGGUGACUGUUCUCGACAAAAACGACAACCCUCCGAGAUUUACAAGACUGUUCAGCGUCAAUGUAACAGAAAAUGCAGAAAUUGGAUCGUUCGUGAUUCGCGUAACGAGCUCAGAUCGGGAUAUUGGAGAUAAUGCAAAUGCUACAUACAGUUUCACUGAGAACCCGGGUGAAAAGUUCAAAAUUGAUCCAAUUAGCGGUAAUGUCACGGUGGUUGGUAACUUGGACCGUGAGCAUCAAGAUGAAUACCUCCUGAAGGUUGUGGCCAUCGACGGAGCUUGGAGAAUAGAAACAACCUUAACCAUAACGAUUCAAGAUCAAAACGACAAUGCACCAGAAUUCGAACAUUCUUACUACAGCUUCAACUUCCCCGAACUUCAGCAGAACGUGGUGCUGGUGGGACAGGUUUCGGCUGCGGAUCGCGACAAGCAAGGUCCCAAUUCCGUUAUCAGCUAUUCGCUGCAACAACCGUCAGACCUGUUCACCGUUGAUCCAGCUUCCGGUGAAAUUUUCAGCAAACAGAGUCUUAAGUACAAGUACACGCAACUGGAAUCGUCACCGGAGAAUAUUUAUUCGUUAACAAUAUUAGCGACAGAUAACGGGAAGCCGCCGAUGUCAUCGGAAUGUUUGAUUACAAUCAAUGUCGUCGAUGCAAAUAAUAAUGCUCCGAAAUUCGAACAGCACGACUACUUGUCUCCAGUUCCGGAAGAUGCUGACGAGGGUCAGAGAUUAAUACAAAUCGUAGCAAGAGACGAUUUAGAUUACGGAAUUAACGCCGAGAUUGUGUAUUCAAUCGUCGGAGGGAAUGGUACUAAUCAUUAUGAUGUGGAUAAGAGCACCGGUUGGAUUUCUCUGAAGAAGAAAGUUAAAGGAGUGGGCAGCACAUACAUAUUGAGAAUUCGAGCCACGGAUAAGGGGAUACCGGCGCAGCACGAUGAGACUUCCGUCACACUAAUCGUCACUGGGGAAAACAAGUACACGCCUGUCUUCACUGCAUUGAGCUAUCAAGUCAUUGUUCCAGAAAAUGAACCCAUCGGCUCAACGAUAUUAACAGUCAGCGCUGCGGACGGAGACAAAGGUCCGAACGGAAUGGUCAGAUAUGAAAUAUCUGCCGGCAACGAAAGAAAAGAAUUUGCGGUCGAUGCUGUUACCGGAGCAGUCACAAUUUUACAACCGCUUGAUUAUGAUACCGUCCAAGAGUAUCAUCUCAAUAUCACUGCAUUCGAUCGCGGCUUCCAUUCCCUCAAUGCUACCGCUAUGCUAACCAUUACACUGACAGAUAUCAACGAUAACUCUCCCACUUUCAAUCAGACCAUUUACGAAGGUUUCAUUGCCGAAAAUUUACCUGCAAACAGUUUUGUCUACCAAGUAAAUGCAACGGAUCUAGAUUCACCCAAGAACGCCAAAAUACAAUUCUCAUUUUCGGGUGGGGAUGGCAGAGAUCUAUUCACCAUCAACAAGGAUACCGGCGUUGUAUUAACGAAAGAAAGUUUCGAUUAUGAAGAGAAAGAGGAAUAUCAUCUGAAAAUUAUCGCCGCCAAUCCAGAUUCGAAUAUGUAUGGUGAAACCGAAUUAAUAGUUCAUAUCACUGGUGUCAAUGAAUUCUAUCCGCAUUUCAUACAGCCCGUUUUCCAUUUCGACGUGUCCGAGUCCACCGAAAUUGGAACGAGCAUCGGAACAAUACAAGCCACAGAUCAGGAUUCUGGUGAAGAUGGCAAUGUGUAUUAUUUGUUCGUAGGAUCUUCGAACCAUCGUCGAUUUAGCAUAAACCCAGUGACUGGAGUCAUUAGCGUAUCCAGGAAUUUAGAUAGAGAAACUCAAAGUCGUGUCGUACUAACUGUGCUGGCAAAGAAUGCCGGAGGAAUUAGAGGUAACGAUACGGACGAAGCACAAGUUAUUAUUGCAAUUCAAGACGGCAAUGAUCCACCAGAAUUUCUGCAGAAACUUUACCGAACAAAUAUUUCUGAAGGGGCGACAAUUGGAACAAAAGUUACAACAGUUAAGGCUGUUGAUAAAGACGUCAGACCGCAAAAUAACCAAUUUAGUUAUUCAAUAUUGGGUGGAAACCUAGAACACGCUUUCAAAAUUGAUCCGCAAACUGGAGAAAUCGAAACGAUGCGUCUGCUAGAUAGGGAAACUAUUGCAAAAUACAAUCUAAUCGUUGGAGGAAUUGAUACAGGCAUACCUCCGCAAACUGGCAGUGCAACUGUUGAAAUACAUGUCACAGAUAUCAAUGACAAUGGGCCAAUAUUCGAUUCUCCUCAAGUGCAUGGACAAGUCUCUGAAAAUGAACCACUUGGUACUAAAAUUAUGACUUUGUCAGCCACUGAUCCAGAUUUACCACCAAAUGGUGCUCCAUUCGCUUACCGUAUUAUAGGUGGAAAACACGCCGAUUACGUGAAACUUGAUAAACACACUGGUAUAAUGGUUACAACUAAAGUGAUCGACAGGGAAACCACACCAGAAUUAGAUUUAUUAGUGGAGGUUGAAGAUAAUGGUAUGCCCAAAAUGAAAUCGCAGCAUAUCGUCAGAGUAACAAUAUUGGAUCAAAACGACAGCCCAUCUACAUCGCGUUCAGCUCACGUAUUAGUUUAUGCAUUCAACGGUGCUUUUCCUAUUGGAAAAAUUGCUGAAGUACAACCAAACGAUCCUGAUACAACUGGAGAUUAUAGAUGUAAGAUUCUAGAUAUGCAAGCUACAGGAAAUAUACUAUCCAUUCCUUCCAAAUGCAACUUAUUUACUUCGAGAAUUACUCCAUACCAAGGUUAUUCUUUAUCCAUUAUUGGUAACGACGGCAAACAUCAAGAUGUAACUUCAACUGUAACUGUAGAAUUCAUAAACUUCGAUAAUGCAACAGUUGACAACUCGAUAACCAUCCGCAUAGCUAAUAUGUCUGCUCAAUAUUUUCUGGCCAACAAUUACCGAGGAUUUUUAGAUUUGCUGAAGAAUAUAUUCCCACAAACAGACAAUAUAAUUCUUUAUGGUCUUUAUGAAUCAAGCAAUGCAUUAGAAUUGACCAUCGCAGUGAAAUCCACAAAUAACUUCCAACCAAAACACUAUGUGACUGAUAAAAUCAUCAGAAAACAAGCGUCUGUAAACAGUCUGUUCCAGAAGGAGACGAAAAUUAAUUACUCUCCGUGUAAUAAAAAUACUUGUGAAAAUGGCGGUGUUUGCACUGAAAACAUUUCUGUUAAUAAGUCUACUCAGAUUACGAAUUCUCCGAAUAUCGUGUUUACUUCACCCUUAGUUAAGCAUGACUUCAGCUGCCAAUGCACAGACGGUUUUACCGGACCAAAUUGCAAUCAUAAACAAGAUCCGUGUCUACCGAAUCCAUGCAAAUCGGGUGGACAAUGUAGAAGGCAGGGAUUCAACUUCCAAUGCAUUUGUCCAGCCAAUAAGGAUGGAAAAUUCUGCGAGCUAGAAAGAGGCGACGCGUGUUCCGAGAGUCCCUGUCAUAAUGGAGGAACUUGCAGAGAAACCAACGGUGGUUCUUCAUUCUUCUGUUUGUGUCGUCCCGGAUACCGAGGCAACCAGUGCGAAAUCUUAGUGGACUCGUGCAGACCGAAUCCGUGCAUGCACGGUGGAUUGUGCGUUGGAUUGAAACCGGGUUACAAAUGCAGCUGCACGGAAGGCAGAUACGGAAGACAUUGCGAAAACUCGACGUUCGGAUUCAAAGAACUGUCGUUCAUGUCGUUCCCCACCUUGGACUCGGCAACCAAUGAUUUGACGUUCAUAUUCGCAACAACGAAACCAGACUCCUUGUUAGUUUAUAAUUAUGGUUUGUAUACCGGAGGUAGAAGCGAUUUCGUUGCCAUUGAAUUGGUGAAUGGACGAGCGGUAUUCUCAUUUGGUGGCGCAAGAACGGCAAUAACUUCGAUAAGUGUAGGUGGCAAAUCCGGCAAUUUGGCUAAUGGAAAUUGGCACAAAAUAAUUGCCACGAGGAACGGCCGUGUUAUUUCGCUGAGUGUAGCUGCGUGUUCCGAUCAAGGGGAUAUAUGCGAAGAUUGCAAACCAGAUGAUUCAACUUGCUACGCAGAUGAUAUUGGACCGUCUGGAACAUUAAAUUUCAACAACAAUCCAGUUAUGAUUGGUGGUUUGAGAAGCGCAGAUCCAGUGCUAGAGCGUCCAGGACAAGUACAUUCCGAUGAUUUGGUCGGCUGUGUGCAUAGUGUUACAAUCAACGGACGCCAGUUGAACUUGAGUAGACCAAUUGAAUCGUACGGCGUUGAUUCGUCAUGUGGAAGGAAGGGUUCGUGCAAGGCAUCCUUCGUCGACAAAUGCGGCGGUUUUGGAGAAUGCUUGGAUCGAUGGCAUACAACUAGCUGUAAAUGUGGCUCAAACAUUAUAGCUCCUAAUUGCAAUAAAGCUCUGGAGGCUCUAAAAUUCAGCAACGGUGGUUAUAUGGAGUUCGUAAUCUCUAAAAAGCACACGAGGAUGCAAUUAUUAGAAUCUCUUUACGGUGGAUCGACCUGGUACCAUCAAAGAAAAACUAGAUCGAUUUCACAGCAGAUCAAUUCAUCGCCCAGUAAACAGAUUAGCUUUUUGUUCCGCACAAUGAACCCAAAUGGAAUAUUAUUUUAUGCGGCCAGUAAUAAGCAUUAUACCAGUCUGGAGCUGAAUAAUGGACAAUUAGUUUAUAUUAGCAAUUUGAGCACGGUGAUUAAUACAACUGAAAUGCAUCACGAAAUUACCGAUGGAAAGUGGCAUAAUGUCACCUUAUAUUCCCAUGCCAGAGGGUUGAAAAUUUACCUAGACAAUAGAAUGGUAGGGGACGAAUUGGAUGCUGCUAGUGUCCAUGACUUUUUAGAUCCGUAUUUGAAUUAUCUGUCGGUUGGUGGUGUUGCGGCCAAUAUGUAUUAUAAAGAGAAACUACAAUAUUUCGAAGGGUGCAUCGUUAAUUUCACCGUCAAUAAUGAAAUUCAACCGUUAAAUGGUUCCGGAAGCAUCUUUAACGAAACAAUCUUGAAAGGCAAAGUCAUCGCCGGUUGCAGUGGAACUAUAGGAUUAGGUGCGGUCGCAGCACCAGAUCCAUUGAGUAUUGGAAUUACAUUAGUGAUAGUUUUCUUCGUUGUACUUUUGGUUGCUAUCCUAGUAUCUUUUGUGGUGUUCAGAUUGAGAAAGCAGAACAAAGAGAAAUCUGGUGUACCCGGCAGUCCCUCAGGAAUGCACAGCAAACAAAAUGGUAAUACGACGAUGUUAAAUGCGAACGGAUUGCUAAACAGUGUCACAGAUAAUGUGCUUUCACGCUCGCUGCACGCUAAUGAAACAUCUAUGGGUUAUCACUCGGAGAACGGAGAUGUGAUCAGAGGCAUUGGCGGCCAUCCAAUUGUUGGGCCAGAACUGAUUUCUAAGAAAUUUAAAGAAAGGGAAAUUAUGCAGAACGAGUUGCAAAGAUCGCAAAGGCCAGAUAUUAUCGAGAGAGAGGUGUUAAGUAAAUCUACGCCAAUUAGAGAAGAUCACCAUCCGCCCAUGCCUCCCUCGAACAAUCAUCCACACGACCACGGACCGAACGACCUUAAUUCCGAAGUUCCCGAACAUUAUGAUUUAGAAAAUGCCAGUAGCAUUGCACCAUCAGACAUCGAUAUUAUUUAUCAUUACAAAGGAUACAGGGAAGCAGCUGGAAUGCGAAAAUAUAAAGCCACACCUCCUCCAGUUAGCGGAUAUCAUCACAAGCAUGCAACAGCUCAAGCCCAAGCCCAGCAUCGACAUUCACCCCAUCAUCCAACAGGAUUUCCACCAAGGGCACCCCCGGUGACAGGAUCAGUUUCACGUCCUCAUCAAAGUACUCCCUUGGCUCGUCUAAGCCCCAGCAGCGAAAUGAGCGCACAGCAGCCGAGAAUUUUAACGCUGCACGACAUAAGCGGGAAGCCUCUGCAGAGUGCUCUUCUGGCCACGACCUCGAGUUCAGGAGGUGUCGGAAAGGAUGUUCUGCAUAGCAACAGCGAAAGAAGUUUAAAUAGUCCCGUAAUGUCCCAACUGAGUGGACAAAGUUCUGCGAGUCGGAAGGUUACAGCACCGCCAGUCACUUCAGCAUCCCCAGGGAUGGGCUUAACCGCCGAAGAGAUAGAAAGACUGAAUGCUAGACCGCGCACCUCGAGUCUAGUAUCUACACUGGAUGCUGUUUCUAGUUCAAGUGAAGCCCCACGAGGUACAGUGCCAAAUCAUUUAUCACACAUGCAUCACUCUCCAGUACCUGAAACUCAUCAUAGUUCAUCCACAACCGACGAGAGUGGCAACGAUAGUUUUACGUGCUCAGAAAUCGAAUACGACAAUGCCAGUUUAGCUGGCGACAAAUACAAGCAGAACGAGCAGGAGAAUAGAAGAAGCAACAGCAGCAUGUCCAACAAGAACAACAUGCCACCGCCAUCGUAUGAUGGAUUCGAUUCAUCCUACAGAGGAUCUAUGAGCACUCUAGUUGCCAGCGACGACGAACUCGGUGGGGUUCUUUAUCGACCUCCGACGGGUUCAUCAUCGAACACCGCACUCGGAUGGGAUUACUUGCUCAACUGGGGCCCAAACUUCGAGAGCCUAGCCGGAGUAUUCAAAGACAUAGCGGAAUUACCAGACACUGUUAACGGCCGGGUUCCAAAUUCACUUAGGCUAACAAACGCAACGAAACCCUCUGAAGAAUACGUGUAAAUGCAAUUUUUAAUAUU